AUGUCAGACGACGAGGCUCUUUCACCGCCGAAACGGUCUGGAACUAGCGACCCUGGCGCACACGAUCUGGCCAACGCCUCCGACUCAGAAGACCACUUCUCCGAUGCGCAAUCCGCUCCCCUCAGCCCCGGAACGUCUCCGAUUCCCAAAACCCGCGUAGAGAAAGUCGACGAUGAACCGUCGUACGGCGAGGUCCCCGGAACAGAGGCGUACCGCUCGAGGGAGGGUGAUGCUGAGCCGGACGAGAUUGCUAUCCAGGAGAAGAACAGCAGCGAGGCGUCGUCGACGGCAGACAGUGCGCCCAAGUCGCCAGUCAUUCCCAAGACUGUCGUCGAGGAGGCCCCGGGCGAUUCAGGGCCGCACUCAGAGGAGUUUUUGGAGAAGCGCAAGGCAGAUGCCCCAGCCGACUUGAUUGUCAAGCCUGACGGCGAGACUGAAGAGGGUGGCAGUUCCGAUCCCCCCCCUGAUAUACCAGACUUUGACGGCUUGGACGGCGAAGACGUCCUACAAGCCGUCGACCCAUACCUCAACACCCUCUUUCCCCCAGAGAGCCUAGACGUCAGCUCCCCGCCACCGUUAACGAAAGAAAACCCCAUCUUCAUUACACCACGUAGUGCGUCACUGUGGUCGCAGCUGGUGGCACCUCCGCCGCUGGCUCCCCCAGAUUGGAUCCGCUCGCGAAUCCGCCGUCUCUUUCUCGUCUCCCUAGGCGUGCCGGUCGACCUGGACGAGAUCCUCCCGGCCUCCAAGCAAAAGAAGCUCGUGCUGCCUUCAUUACAAGUCCCCUCCGGCUCCCCGCGGACAUCAUCAGAUUCUCGAUCCGUAUCACGGUUGCGGGCCGAGGCAAACGCGUCGUCGACGUCUGUCGACUCAAAAGGUAAACCGACGGCGUCAUCCAAGAGGAAGGGACCGCCGCCAGUGCCGGACCUGGACCUCGUAUCGGCCAAGCAGCUCUGCACGACGACGGACGAGGCCCUGAACGGCAUGACGGACGACGAGCUUAAGGCGCACGUGGAUAGGCUAAAGGCGAUGGAGGAAACGGCCAAGGAGGCAUUAGAGUACUGGACCAAGAAGACGGACGAAAAGAUAGGCGACAGAGAGGCUUUUGAAGGCGUGAUAGAAAACCUGGUCAAGCAUGCGCGCAAAGUCAGGAAAUAG